AACUUUCGGGUCGUCUCUCUCUCGUCACUUUUGCUUCUUCGUCUCUCCUGCGUCAAACAUUUCCGCCAUUUUCGUUCCUUAAACCUUUCUUCAGCUGUUCUCUUCUUCAAUCCCCGGUCUUUUAUUCAGCAUCUAUGGCUGCGUCUUAGCUAGAAUCUCUAGGGUUUUUGUUUUUCAUUUUUUUACUCGCUUUUUCCGAUAAAACCCUAGUUUUCUCAGUGGAUCUUCGUUGGGUUUCUCUCUAAUGGAUACCGCUUCGAGCGUAGCCGCGACUCGUGGCGGUUCCCUUCAGAAUCCGUCGCCGACUCCGUCAAGGAAAGAGUGGCGCGCCGUUUCGGAUUCACAUAACUUUGGAAACGCCACAGACUAUGUGGAUUUGCAACAGUUGAAGCUAAACCAGACAGAUGAGAGAACCAUCUACGAGAAUGGAAGAGAGCCUGGUGAUUUGGAUUUCUACUCUAUUGCGAUGGAUGGUUCUUGUUCAGAUGGUGAACUGUUGGAGCAGAUUCGUAGCGUUUCUAGACAAAAAGGGGAGCUGCAGCAGCGUGAGAUUGAGCUCCGAGCUCAGAUGAUGGCAAUGGAAAUCCAGAGAAACUUUGAGUCUCGAUCCGCUGAGUAUGAAAAUGCUGCAGCUAGAAUGCAGGAGCAACUUCAUGAGAAGGAGAGAUCUCUUCGGGAGAUGGAGAGAAAGAUAGAAGAUAAAGACAGAGAGCUGCAUGCGAUUAAACUGGAUAACGAAGCGGCGUGGGCGAAAGAGGGUCUACUAAGAGAACAAAACAAAGAACUUGUUACUCUCAGAAGGGAACGUGAUCACUCUGAAGCUGAGAGGUCCCAGAAUAUACAUAAAAUAUCUGAACUUCAGGAACAUAUACAAGAGAAAGAGAGACAGUUCUCUGAAUUGCAGGAACAAAAUAGGAUUGCUCAAGAAACUAUCAUGUACAAGGAUGAGCAACUGAGAGAAGCGCAAGGUUGGAUUACGCGUGCCCAAGAGAUGGAUGCUUUACAAUCAUCUACAAAUCACUCGUUGCAAGCUGAAUUGCGAGAACGUACUGAGCAGUAUAACCAGCUCUGGCUUGGUUGCCAAAGACAGUUUGCGGAGAUGGAGAGAUUGCAUGUGCAUACAGUGCAACAGCUUCAGCUUCAACUUGCCAAUGUAAAGGAAGGAGGUGGCUCCAAAACAAAUUCCAACGGUGUCUCCCAGAUGAUCCAGAACAGCGGUAAACAAUUCGAGGCUCAUGAAAACAGCAAGAACCAGCUUAUCCAGAACAGCGGGAACCAAAUCGAGAACAAAGAUGUAGAUCUUAUGACGCAGGGAUACCUUCAAGCGGGUCAGAUGACACCUCUGCAUUCUUUUGUCAUGAAUCAACCAGAGAAUCCUCAGCUGGUUCAGCCUCGGGGCCAUUCACCUCACGUUGCACAAACAGUUCUGCAGCAGCAAAAGGCUGUACCAGAUAGUUCACAGAUGCCUACGCAAAAUCAUGUGCAUCCAUCUCAAGGUGUUCAUGGCUUAGUAAGUUCUGAUGCGAAGAGUGAAUAUCAAGUGCCUGCCAAUGGACAGUCUCUUGGUCAAGGGUAUCUGGAUGUUCAAACUAGCCAUGGAGCUCAAUACGGAUCAACUACACCAACAUCCUUUGUGAAUGAACAGGUAGUGGAAUCUGGCAAUGGAGAUUACCUUAGAUCCAAUACGUCAGAGAAUAACUUUCAAGACAUUUCUUCACAGUUCCGUGAUGCGCUAAGGCUAGAUUCCAAUGCCCUAAAUCAGAAACCUGAGGAGGCUAAUGGUCAGGUUUCACCUGGUGAACAAAAUGGUGCUAGAUCCAUCGUGCCCGAAACUCUAGUCUUAUCUGGGAAAGCUGAGAGGAACUUAGAUAGUACUCUUCUGGAUGAAAGGUCGCUUUUGGCUUGCAUCGUUCGUACUAUACCGGCUGGUGGAAGAAUCAGAAUCAGUUCAACGCUUCCAAAUCGUUUGGGAAAGAUGCUAGCACCUCUCCACUGGCAUGAUUACAGGAAAAAGUAUGGGAAGCUCGACGAGUUUGUUGCUAGCCAUCUUGAGUUAUUUGUGGUAGAGGACGAUUACAUUCAAGUAAGAGAAGGUGCACAGAAAAUGGUAGCAGCUUCGGCAUCAGCAGCUGCAGCAGCGAAAGUAGCAGCAGCAGCUUCAGCUUCAUCAACUCCAAACUCGAUCUAUGUGGCUAUGACUCCUAUGGCUCAAUCUCAGGGGUUAAAGAAAACAGUCCAAAGAGAAAGCAUCUCAAACGUUAAGAUCUUGAGCAAGCCACGACAGAGCUCUGAUUAUAUGGCGAAGCAAUAAGGAAGCUUGAAAACCGAAGAAAGAGCUCUGAUUUAGUGACGGUGAGAUUAGAGGAGAAUUAUGGAAGCCACAAUCUCUUAUCUUAUUUAUUUUUUUUAAAUUUCGGUGUAUGAAGGCUCCAAUCAUCGAAGCUAAAAAAAACAUUCGAUUUUACUGUCUCAAUUUGGAGCGUCUUGUUUUAUCUUUUGAAAUGGUAUUCCAAAAUCGUUAACGUUUAUUUGACCUGGUGAGAGUCGCCAUUGAAA